AUGUCUACACGCUCAUCUGCACCGACAAUUCCGGCGUUGAAACAAACAUUCCUCGCCAACCAAACAACUCUUCUCGCCCAACCUCUUACUCCCUCUCGCUCAUGGCAAGCCACCAACGACGCGUCCGAUGAGCCUCUCACUGAGCGCGUUGUCCAAGAUGUUCUGUUUAACUUGAAUCACACUAUCCAGCAGCACUGUCGUCGCGUCUACGCUCCACAAGCCAGUCGGAAUAUCGCUGAGCAGAUUGACAACGUCUUCGUCCAGGAUGCUGAGCGUAAAGUAGGAGGCCCAGCUGAUACUGAAGGUGGUAUCGGCAGAGGGCUUGAUCUCUCCGAUAAGGAUGCCAUUGAGGCCUUGCCCGCUUCUUGGCAUAUAGAAAAGGAUGUCAAUGACCAUCCUGAGGAAGUCAAGCGCUAUGCAGAAGCCGUUGCUCGACUUGCUGAGCUCAACGACCAGCGCAAGCAAUUAAGAGAACAAGUAGCACGCCUGAAGCAUCUGAAAACCAUCGUCGAGCCACUGCAAAUGACAGAUGACGGUGCUGGUAUCCAAGAAAACCUCCUCACUCGAAAUGGUCCUGUCGAAAAGGAGCUGGAGAAGAUGCGCUUCUUGCUGGCCAGAGUCGGCGGUCGUAUCCAUGCGCUGCCAGAACAGGCUCAGAACGACGUCUCCAAAGAGAUAAGUCUCUCUGAAACUGGUUCUCAGGGUCGGAAGCGACGUGUUGAUCAAUUUCUUGCUGAUGAGGUCUUUCAAUGA